CCGUAUCAUGGCCUUGAGAUCAUCAUGACGGAAGCGCUGAACGACGUGAAGAUGGAGAUAGAUAUUGACCCAGAGAAGCUAAGGAAUCGAAGGAAGAAGCGGGACUUUUUACAGCGACGCGACGAUGUGCUCAAAGGUGUGGGGGCAAAAGCCGCAGAACUGCGUCGGCGGCUCUUCAACCGGCGCACCAUUGCCAAGGCAAGUAUCGCGAACUUGCCGAUGAUGCAACAAGCAAAGAAAGAUGCCCUGGACGUUCGGCUGGCGUUGGUGGAACAUGACGUGAAGACACGCAUGAUCGACGCGCAUACGCACCAGCACUUCGACUUAGCCGAAUCCGUUCGGUACUUGAGCCAGAACCUUCAGCAUUCGACCCGCAGUGUCCGUGAUAACACGUCGACGCUGGACGACCUCGCUCGCCGGGUCGAGUUCAUGCAACACGUCAACACAAAUUCUGCCGUGUUUACCCAACCGCCAGCAGUCGAUAAAGUGAUGCAGGAAGUAGUGGCCAAGUACACGUCCUUCCUUCCCCUGGAAGCAUGCGCCACGUGCGGCAAAGUCCUCGCCACAUCGGCCCUCCGUGCAGUCCACGAACCAUAUUGUCGCGGGAUUCUCGCCCGGGACUUGCCUCCGACGAUGCAUCGAUGUGUGCUGUGUCAUCGCGUGGUCAAGGCGGACAGGAUGACGCAUCAUGUGGAGCAAUGCCAGCGCGACUGCGACCGCAAAGCCAUCAUUUGGUCCAAGUACGACGUCAAGGGGCAGCCGCCCCAACCCCCCACGGAUUUGCGUGUGGUGCAGACGUCGUACAGCUCGAUCUCACUCGCGUGGAACCCCCCCAUGUUCACAGCAGGCCUCGACCUCGUCGACUUUCAAGUACAGAUGCACGUGCUCGUCGUGGAAAAGUUUCAGACCCUCAAGCAUCGCCAGCACGAACGAUCGUUCCAGCCGCUUCUUCCGCACGUGUCCACGUCACAGUGGAACGCGCGGCUGCGGCCCGUGGCCUUGCAUGGAUGCACUAUUGACCACCUCCCCGCCAAGACUACGUUUGGCCACUUGAGUGUACGAUGCCAAACCAAGAACGGGUGGAGUGCCUGGAGCGACCCAAUACAUGGUGAUAUCGUGACCAAAGAUCCGGUGCCCCCCACACCCCCGUUGUUCCUAUCGGUGGGGCUCAUUACCGUCGACAGCAUCGCAUUGAGUUGGCUGCCCCCGUUCGACUGUGGCGGAGAACCCGUGGACGAGUACGUGGUAUCGUUUUCAGGCCUUGUGCAAGUCCAAGAUGGCCGAGACUCUAUCGAUUUGCGUGCGGCCGAGCUCAAAGCCUUUACAAGGCGCGUCAAAGUAGCUCGAUCCGAUCAAAAUCCCCCAAGCAACGACCUACUUGGCGUCGAGAAAGAUGGCGCCCAAGUCGUGUGCUGUACCAUCGAUGGCCUGCGCAGCGGACAAGCAUAUUCGCGGCUGCGCGUGUGCGCCGUGUCGGCGUCGGGGUUGAUUGGCCAGGAAUCCCCGGAACUAGACCCCGUGCGAACCUUAGCUCAUGGCAAGGAAUUGCAGCUGUUGGCCGAGCUCCAGGAAGCCAUCAACAGCCCUGCAUCGUACAUUGACUCGUCGUUUUACAACGGGUUUGUCCAGCGAUAUGACCGCAAACAUUACAUUACACUGGUGGCCGACACGAUCAAACUGCACCAUCCAGCGUUGAGCCACCGCGUGGACGCAAUGCUGCCUGUGGACAGCGACUCUGAGUCGGAAUCAGACUCAGACGCGUCCACAGCGUCGUCGAUGCCUUCUGGUGACCGUGAGAAUGCCGCCGUGAUGCUUUUGUCUCCUGCUUCUUCAACCCCACCAAAGCCCACAUUAUGUGCAAACUCGGACGACGGAAUGGACCAAGCCAAUCAAAAGCGACUGGACAAACAACAUGUCCGGCGUAAACAGUUUCAAUACCGACUCCACCAACUACGCACGCACGUCGACACCCUCGAGUACAACAUUCAGUGGGCCGACGACCGAUGCAUCGUGCUCGUGUCCAUGAUCGAAGCCGCGGAGCGUCGCAUAAUGGACAAGCAAGCCGAGCUGGAGCGAGCGCGGGGGUUUCAAGGGCCAGCCAUGGAUUCACUCGCCAUGCACGGGGGGCUGCAGCGGUUUUACACCCCCGCGUUGAUCACGGCGCUGGAAGAAGAGUUGGAUAUUGAAAAAUAUUACAUCGUUGACACCAAGGCCGACUUGCGCGCCGUGGAGGACCAGAAGAAGGCCGACAUGGGGAUGCUGGCCGUGAAAAAAGCCCAAAUCGCCGCUCGUGUGACAGCGUUGGACGCGUUCGAGGCCGAUUGCGAGUUUGACCAGUUCAAGGCUGCCCAAACCGCGAACGUUCUGCUCAAGUUCAAGUCGAGGCAGCUGAGCUACGUCUUUGACACGUGGCGGCGGCACGGGCGUCGGCGCCGCGCCAACCGCGCUGUCAUGUUCAAAGCACUAACCCGACUCGUAUUGGUCAAGGUGUCGAGUGCGUGGCACCGAUGGCGGCAAUGCAUCGACGGCCUCCGAGACCAAGAUGCGAUUCGCAAAGACGUUAUCAUCGGCAAGGGUGGCGUGGACUUGAAAGGCGCGCACUUGGCGCGCACACACCUCCAAAGCGACUUGUAUUCUAUGCUGCACGAGUGCCGCCAACUCACGGGCACAUUGGCCGCCACGACGCACACCAUGAGCCAAAAUAGCAGGACCCGCACCAACGUAUUUGCCAAAGAACGGCAGUCCCAACAACUUCGCGGUGUGUUUGUCGAGUCCAAGGUGCAAAUGUCGUUGCGCGACCAAGGAGAUGCCCAGUUGGACAUUGGUGACUACGACGCUGCCAUCAAAACGUACGACUCGUUACUUGACAACUUGCAUAUUGUAUCCGUCGAGUACACAUUACAAGCCUCGAAAUCAUCCCGUUCUUCUUCUUCGUUGGUACCUCAUUCGUUGCGGUCCAUUCAGACCCAAACAAGCCAAGUAUACAACCGACUAGGACGUGCGUAUUUCCUUUUAAAACAGUAUGAUCGGUCGGCCAACUCGUUUGAACGGGCGAGUGGGAUCGCGACGAUGUUGGGCGACCCGAUCGAAGGGGGGGUGGCCUUCCGAGGACUCGCAGACUGCCACGUGGCCAGCCGCGAUUGGUCGACGGCAUUGGACUUGUAUUUGAAAGCCGCGGGGAUGUACGAAGACGUGACCGACGUCGGCGGCGAAGUCGCCGCGUGGCGUGGCAUAGCUUUGUGCUACCGCGAGAUGGACGCCGUGGAUCUGGCCGCAGACGCCACCACUAAGGGCGACAGCCUCGAAUACGCGCUCGACCAGACGAUGGAGCACAUGGAGCGGACGCUGGCCCAGCUACAUGCGCGGCUCGUCGGGGUCACAGUCAAGAUGUCGGUGGAAUGCACAUGCGAGCGCGUGGGGGCGAUCGUGCCGCGUCUGCGCCAAGAACGGCUGCAGUGCAAAGUGGGGAUCAUGGACGAACAGAAGGUGCUUGACGCCCUAGAUAUGAUGCUCGACGAGAAGAAGGCGCUGCGUGCGCAAGCAGAAGCCGAUCUCGAGACAAGUGAGCGGACAGACUCUGGGUUUGUGGACUCGACUGUGUUCUUGGGCGUGUCGACGCGGUACACACUCGACGACUUCAAAGCCAACGUCCAGAAACUGAUCAACCAACUGAGUGUCGUCCAAGUGGCCCUCGACAGAGAGCGAGCGAACGCAGCUAUUCGCAUUUCCAACUUGCACGAUCGGAUUCAAGAGUGUGAAGAAGAACUCAAGGCCGAAACAGGUCCGUUGAUGCGGCGGGUGCGGGGCAAGGACCCCCUCCGCUGCUUUCGUUUCAAUGCAAUCAACGCCAUGUACAAGAACGUGCUGGGGCGCGCCAGUGGCGGCGUCGACACGGCCGUCGCCUCGGUCGGUCCUUCCAUCGUCGUCUACGAUUUCCUCACGGGGGUUUGUAUGGGUCAAGGCGUGGGGGAUAUUGGAGGGGACCAACGCCACUUGGGGGCCCCACUCGGCCAUACCAAGACCAUCAUGUCGUUGUGCUGCUUUCACGCGUACGUGUACUCUGGCAGCAUGGACUGCACGCUACUGGUGUGGCAACUGGUGCAGAACGUGCCCGUACUGCGCCAUCGCUUGACGGAUUUCGAUGCUGCCGUCAUGGCCAUCGCCGCGACCACCUCGUUCGUUGUCGCAGGAACUGCCGACUGCUGCAUCAUGGUAUAGACUGGUUUGUGCGACAGAGUUGACGCAGAUUCCGAGGUACAAUGACAUGACGAGAGAGAGUUUUAUUUUGUAGGUGCACGAGACUACUACGUACGACCGAGUGGUGACAAUUCCGUCCGCCCACUUUCGAACCAUCACGUUUCUUGCCAUGGAUCUGAACGUUGUGUGCUCUGCUGGGGCAGACAAUGAACUGCGAUUUUGGCACCUUCAACAUGUAUCUGUACCAGGGAAACCUGCUAUUUCCAUAACAACACAACAGAAGUCCAACAUGCAGUACACGCGCGGCGUUCGUUUGCGUUCAACUCGCGACGGCAACGUAUGGAAACACGGACAUGUGCAUCCUGUGUCGUGUGUCCAAUUCUCAGCCAACGAAGUCGUGAGCGGGGACCAGGGCGGGUGGGUCGUCGUAUGGGAUGGCGACACGGGCGCGGCCCGCCGGCAGAUGCACGUACAUGCAUGUGCCAUCACGUGUCUGUCGUUUGAUUCGCUGCGGGUCGUGACUGGCGGCAGCGACGGCAGCAUUUGCAUUUCCGACUUGGUCAGCGGCGUGUUACUGCAGACGUUGCUCGGCCACCGCGCCAAAGUUCUGGAUCUGCAACUUGAUCGCGUCCAUCUUGUAAGCGCGUCCGAGGACGGCCAGUUGCGGCAGUGGCGAUGGCAUACGCGGGAUGGCGAUGCCGUCAGCAGCAAGCGAUUUCAUAUUCUGGGACCGGGCGAAACAUUGCGAUCAAUUUCGUUGCAAUACCGCACGAGCGUGGCGUCGAUUCGAGAAUGGAAUCGCAUUCAAGACGUGACCAAGCUAUACUUGGGCCAGCAGUUGCUCGUCCAAAAAGACUUGCCAGAAAACGACGACAGCAACGAGUCUGGAGCAAAUGUGAUGAUUUCCCCUGUCUUGGGCAAACUUGCACUCGAAGAUACAUCGUUUCUCGCCCAAAAUCGCAUGUCCAAGGCGGAUCUGGAUCAGCGCAUUCAAAAUAUCAUCCAAGAAUUGUCCAUAUCAGAGGACAAUACCCCACGAAAGGCAUCAACUACUGAGAGUGAAAAGAAGGAAGACAACGAGGACAACAGUGACGAUGGAAGCGAUGAUGACGGCGAUGACGACGGCGAUGAUAUUAACCCAGAAGACUUAAACGAUGGCCCAGGAGCAGCAAUUGAACAUGACAACGAGUAGACACGACAUGCAGUAUCCGUGGCCAACAUACAAUCUCGAAGUACAAGGGAAUUGCUGCGAUGGAUGUCACUGAAUGGAUCACAUUAUUUCUUGAUAUUUCUAUAUAUUAAAAUGCUGCCAAGCGUGAUUCCAAAGAAAAGUAAAUAUUGUGAAUUUGCGAAACAUUCUAAAACACGCGUGGUU